CCAUAAUGCACCAUUGUAUGUAGCAGACAAAAAAAAAAGUCAAAAUGGCAGGACCUUCCGUGAAACUCAGCCUGGAAUCUCUACAAGAGCAUAAAGUACAAGAAAUUUCGCUCGAUGGAUUGGAAACUUAUACUAAGCCCCUGUCUAUGGCAGAAAACUUGGCGAAAUUGGCCCACAAGAUUGACUUUGCCUCCCAGUCCACCGACGCUGAAUCUCCAGAGAAAGAAACCCCUGAAACAGAAGACAAGGAAGGCACAACUUCAUUCCAACAGCCGCAAUGGCCAUGGGACUCUGUCAGAAACCAAGUCAGGGCUGCUUUGACGGAGAUGAGUGUCCUGUCAGACAUUCUUCACAUAGCCCGACCUGCCAACAAAGAGCAACCCUACAUGGUCUUGGAUCCUGUAUCUGUAGAGGGGAAUGCACCCAAGCAGUAUGCCAUGCAGAUUGUGGAAAAGAAGAAGAGUUUGGAAACUGCGGCUAGCAUCUUGACGAGUGGAGCCAACCGCAUGCUGCAGUCCAAGCGCUUUGGGGUGAGUGCGGAGAAGAAGAAUGCCAAGGAUGAUUUCUUUGGUGAGCUUCAUCGUCUCAGGAUGCACUGGAGGCUGAAGAAGAUUGGAAACAACAUCCUAGGAGAUCUCAGCUUCAAGACAGCUGGAUCCCGUUUCUGGCAUAGCGGUACCUUUGAAGUGGCCAAAUCCACCGACCAGGAGAUUGAGGAAGCAGAAGAGAAAGGCAUCCCUCCAUGUGCUCUCAGGGUCACCAUACCAUCUGAUCUGCAGGGGACCAGCUACAUACAGGUGCUCAUACAAGAAGGUCAAGCUGAUAUUGCCAGUGCCCUUCUGCAGAACCCCAGUAGGAGCCAUGUCUCUGCAGAUGCACACUGGCAGGAGAGGUUAGAGGCCGCCCAGAACGUUCUCUUCUGCAAGGAGCUCUUUGCACAGAUUGCUCGUGAAGCAGUGCAACUGAAAGCACCGGUCCCUCAUCUAGUGGUUGGCAAUCAGAUCAUCUCUCACAUCUUCCAUGGUGUCCAGCUCUGUAUUACACUCUGCCAUGACACCAACAUGGACAGAAAGAGGAUCAUUCCUCCUAAAAUCGAGGGUGCUGUAAAGCCAAACCACAGUCACGCCAUGGAGCAUUCCCUGCAUCAGUUGCUAAGAGAACUUCACCGUGGCAACCUGAAUGGCUCCACCCCCAGGCCUAUCACAGCCGUUCACACGGCGGCGGCCAAACGUAGGAGAAUGAUGUCACUCCAGGCUGCGGGUCACAAGGAGAUCGCUCAGAUACAACAGACAGAAUGUUUGCUUGAGAAGAUCAUGAAGCAAGCAAAGCACAUAGUUCUCAGACACAGGGUUGGCAAGUUACUAGACGACAUGUCUGCAGAGAAUGAAGAUCCCAGCAUACAGACCCAUUGGGGUGCAAUGACUCAACCCUUACAGUCAACGGUCAAGGUGCAUAUGACCUCUAGCGGUUACAUCUACGAACAGCUGGUCAGGUCUUCCUUACACCUGUGUGUGGAGACGGAAACCAUCCAGGCAGUGAUGAAAGACGGGCGGGUCGUCAAGCUUACACAUCAUCUUCAAGAACUACGCGAUCUCAUCACCUGUAUGGUCUCACAGCACCAAGUCUUGAUCUUAGCCCAGCUGUGUAAACACAUGAGCAUGCACGUGCUACAGAACAACCUUCACGUAGGGACAGGACCAGCUGCCAAGCUGGGCAGUACCUCGGCCAUCAUGUUCACAACACCAAAUGGACAGAAGACUGUAGCUGUUCGCUCAGACCCUCUAGAGGGCAUCACCGUGAUGGUCCAGGGGUGCAAGGCUUCCCCCCUCCUACCCCAGCCAGAGAUCCUCAGUGACGUCGUCACCGAUGAAAAGUGGGAGAACCUACCUAAGGGCUUCAGGGAGGUGGACAUGGCUCGGAUGCCUGGGCGCAACUUCAUCCACAAGAUGGAAAUGCUUCUUGCAACGCUUGCCAAAUGAGAUCAUGGAGCAAAGACUGUGGACUGUAGAAUGUAAGAUGUCACAGAGAGUAACUUCCUAUUGAGAAGAAAUGUAUCUUUCAGUUAUGACAGAGGAGCACUUCAAGAUGGCACAAAUUUAUUUGCAAGAUGGAAAUGCUUCUUGCAAAGCCUGCCAAAUGAGACCAUGGAGCGAAGACUGAGGACUGUAGAAUGUAAGAUGUCACAGAGAGUAAUGUCCUAUUGGAAAGAAAUGUAUCUUUCAGUUGUGACAGAGAAGCACUUACUUGAAGAUUGUAAUAGCGAACCCCGUUUCAGGUACAACUUCAUUUGCAAGAUGGAGAUGCUUCUUGCAACACUCUCCAAAUGAGAUUGUAGAAAGCAGAGACACUGUUCUAAAUGAUUAACAUUCAACAAAGAGGAACUUUUCUCUGUGAAGAGGUUUACCUUUUCUAUGUCACAGAGAUUUCAAAAAAGUUAACCUGUAUGGACACAACUACAAGAUUCUUCUUGCAAUACUUGCAAAAUGAGAUCGUUGAGCAGACUGAAGACCUUGGACUCAGUUACCGCUAUAUGAGAUGUCAAGGAAAGGAACUUCCAUGAAGAAAGCACCACUUGUAGUGCAUUCUUAAAUAUUCACAGAUAUUGAUAAAAACUGUAUGGCAUAAAUGUUUCUAAAGUAAUUGAUCAUUUAUUUGCAUAAAAUUAUGAUUUUCUCUUCACAAAACACUUUGUGUCAAAAGGAACAAUAUUUGUUAAAUCAAUUAAAAAAGGAACUAGUGGCUGUUUUAUUUAUACAUUCUUAACACCAAGUUACUUAUGGGAUAGGUCAAAGGUGACUUAUAAAGACAGCUCCUAAGCCUCCCAUACAUGCAUGUGAUAAAAUUCUAUGCACCCCUGAAUUUCAUCCGAAAAAUCAGUCAACAUUUUUUUGUUCUCGCUUUUAAGGAAUAGUUGCAUAUGUAAAUAAACUGUAAAAUAAAUUGGAAACAUAAAUUCUCAUGUUACCAUUGAUUUUAUAUUGAUCAUGUUUAUAAAAGUAAAUGCAAAUUCCAUAUUAAAUUGCUACAAACAAAAAGUA